AUGGCUAAUGGAAAGGUAACAUUUUGGCUUUUUAAAGCCUUUUUGGUUUUUUAAAACCUUUUUUUUUGUUUUUCAAUGUUCGCUUAGCCAUAAUAUAAGAGAAAAGAAACCCAAAAAAUUUUUUUGAAGGGUGGAGGGGCAACAAGAUUUAAAAAAAAACUAUUUUUUGUUAAAUGUGUUAGCUUUUGAAAGAAAAUUUUAAAAAAUAAAAUAAAAGUGAAAGUGAAAAUCACUUUUUAAAAAUUUUUAGCUAUUUUUGAAAUCUCUAAGAAUAAUUUUUAAAAUCUAAAACCCAUUUUUAGCACCGCACCCCAGCCUACUUUGGUCCAGGUGACUACCAUCCUGAUGACCUUACCAUCCACCCCUUCAAAAUCGACAUUAGUAGCACAGUACUCAACGACCUAAAGGAACGUCUUCGAAACGCUCGUAUUACUCAUUCCAAGAUCGAAGAAUGUAACGAUUUCGACUACGGAUUCAACCUCACGAUCUUGAACAAAUACUUGACGUACUGA